AUGGGUUUUCCCGUUCAGCGCUUCGUUGGUCGAAUCGAUCCGAAUUUAAUCUGUGGUAUUUGCGCAAACGUCCUAGAGGCUGCAGUAGUAACACCUUGUGGUCAUUCCUUUUGUCAAAAAUGUUUGGAAAUGUGGCUGGAAAUAUCUGAAACAGAUUCGUGUCCAAACUGUCGCACGACGACGCUUCUCUUUGAUCUCAUUCCCGUGCUCACACUCCGCGGAAUCGUCAAUAAUCUUCACACGGUUUGCGUCAAUAUGGAAAAUGGUUGCAAACGAGUGAUGACGCUGGAAAAUCUUCCAGCGCAUGCUCGUGAAUGCGAUUUCGCGAAAAUCAAAUGUCAUGCUUGCUGCGAAGAGAUAAGAAAAUUCGAAGUUGCCGAACACCACGAAGUUUGCAGUGAGCUAAAUAAGAGCGAGGGAAAAUGUCGACCAACUAACAGUGACAAACUUCGUAAGACGAUCAAAAGUCUUGAAGCAGACCUGAAGAAGACGAAAAAAGCCUUGAAGUUUUCCCAGAAUGAGCUGCAGAAAGUGGAAAAGGAGUUAAGCGAGUUGCGUGACGAGAUGAAUGCAAGGGAAUGCGAUCCUUCAUCCUAUGAUAUUGACUGGGAUCCUGAUUAUAAUUAUGGCUAUUCUCCACAGAGUAUUUCGUCGUUGUCUCGAAUAAUCUCCAAGUACUUGCUGGAAAGACCUGUUUACAUCGACCAAAAUCGGAUUUUUACCUCGGCAAAGCGUUGCUAUGAAAUGUAUCACGACUUCCCUGGUUACAAACAAGAUGUCCUUAUUCUUGUCGCAACCUGCAUCGCAUCUAACUGGUUCAAAGAUCAACAAAGAAAAUGCUUUCAGUCGUGGUUACGCAAUCAUUACACCUCGAAAUAGCAUUAGCAAGGAGAUAUAAUGCUAGUUUCCAUGAUAUUAUAAAAAUUAAUGAAAUUGCUCUUGUGAUGUAAAAUUUGA